AGAUAUCAGGCCGGCCCAGGCCUCAUUGUUCUGGGUUUCCAGCAAUGGCCGCCAUUACCUGACCAGGAGAACAGCCCGUCUCUCUGCAGCUGCCACAGAAGUUACCAGAGUGGUUUCUGCUCUUCACAGGACCGGCUUGUCAUCGGUGGCAAAGGGGGAAGUGUUUUCUGCCCCAGAGGCAUGGCCCAGAGGCAGCACUAACUGUGCCUUCACCUUCCCGGCUCUCAGGAUGCAGCUGGGGUGGACCCRAGGGGGCAAGAUGCGGCUGGGAGUCCUGCUGAUGCUCCUGCUCUGUUGGAGUCUUGAUGGUACAGAGAACUCUUUCACCAUCAACACCAUCCAGAUGGAGAGCCUGCCCGACUGGACUGUGAAAAACGGGCAGAACCUGACCCUGAAGUGCGUGGUGGACAUCAGCAGCACCUUGCAGGUCAGGCCCCAGCACCUGAUGCUGUUCUACAAGGACGACGUGUUGCUCCAUAACGUCUCCUCUGUGGAGAACACGGAGAGCCUCUUCAUCCCCGCAGCCCGGGUGUACGACUCCGGGACGUACAAAUGUACUGUGGUCCUGAACAAAAAGGAGAAAACCACGAAGGAGUACCAGGUCUCCGUGAAAGGAGUGCCCGAUCCCAGAGUGACACUGGACAAGAAGGAGGCCAUACAAGGCGGGCUUGUGACAGUCAAUUGUUCUGUCCCAGAAGAAAAGGCCCCAAUACGCUUCAUCAUUGAAAAACUGGAUCUACAUUCACCACUUGUCAAGCAAAAAAAAGAGAAGAAUUCUCAGAAUCAGAAUUUUGUGACCUUGGAAUUCCCGGUUGAGGAGCAGGACCUGAUUUUAGUAUUCCGCUGUCAAGCUAAGAUCUUAUCUGGGAUGGACUUUGAGGUCUCAGAGCGCGUCAGGAGUGAACUGGUCACCGUGAGGGAGUCCUUCUCUAUCCCCAAAUUCCACAUCAGCCCCUCUGGAAUGAUCACAGAAGGAGAACAGCUCUACAUUAAGUGCACGAUUCAAGUGACACACCUGGCCCAUGAAAUGCCGGAAAUCAUCAUCCAGAAGGACAAGGCGAUCGUGGCCACCAACACCAACAGAAAGAACCCCGAGGCGGUCUACUCAGAAAUGGCCAUGGUGGAGCACAACGGCAACUACACCUGCAAAGUGGAGUCCAGCCGCAUUUCCAAGGUCAGCAGCAUCGUGGUCAACAUAACAGAACUGUUUUCCAAGCCGAAGCUGGAAUCUAACUCCAUCCGUCUAGACCAAGGUGAGAUGUUGAGCUUGUCAUGCUCCGUCCCAGGAGCACCUCUAGCCAACUUCACCAUCCAGAGGGACGGAGUGAUUGUGUCGCAGGACCAGAACUUCACCAAGAUCGCCUUUGAGUGGGACAGUGGCAGGUACACCUGCACCGCAGGCAUCGGCAAAGUCGUCAAGGAAAGCAACACAGUCCAGAUCACCGUGUGUGAAAAGCUCUCCAAGCCCAGGAUUUUUCAUGAUGCCAAGUCUGAGAUCAUAAAAGGACAGACCAUAAGAAUCAGCUGCCAUUCGAUCAAUGGAACGUCACCUAUUUCUUAUCGCCUUUUGAAAGCCACUCAUGAGUUAGAAGUACAGACRAAGCUCUCCAAGGAUCCUGCAGUAUUCGAAGACAAACCAACCCAGGAUGUAGAUUACCAGUGUGCCACAGAUAACUGCCAUUCCCUCCCUGGAAUGGUCAGUGAGGUUCUGAGGGUGAAGGUGAUAGCCCCGGUGAAUAAGGUCAGCCUUUCUAUCCUGGCGAGUCAGGAGGUGGAGUCUGGGGAGGAGAUUGUGCUUCUAUGCUCAGUGGCUGAAGGGACGGGUCCGAUCACAUAUAAGUUUUACAAAGAAAUGGAGGACAAACCCUUCUAUCAAGUAGUCACGAAUGAAACCAAUGCACAUUGGCGCAAGACAAAGGUUAGCAAGGAGCAAGAGGGACAGUACUACUGCACGGCUUCCAACAGAGCCAGCCCGCAGCAAAGCAGCCCCCAGAGCAACACCCUGGCAGUCCGAGUCUUUCUUGCUGCAUGGAAGAAAGGACUCAUUGCAGUUGUCGUCAUUGGAGUGAUCAUCACCACCUUGAUAGUUGGGGCCAAAUGCUAUUUUCUGAAGAAAGCCAAGGCCAAGCAGAUGCCCGUGGAGAUGUCCAGGCCAGCAGUGCCACUUCUGAACUCCAACAAUGAGAAGGUGUUGGAUCCCAAUAUCGAAGCCAACAGCCAUUAUGGUUAUGGCGAUGAUGUUGGAAACCAUGCAAUGAAACCACUAAAUGAAAAUAAAGACUCUCUGAGCUCAGACGUGGAGUAUACAGAGGUGGAAGUGACCCCAGUGGAGCCCCAUCAAGCUCUGGGAACGAAGGGGACAGAGACGGUGUACAGUGAGAUCCGGAAAGCCAACCCCAAUUUCAUGGAAAACAGAUAUUCUAGAACGGAAGGCUCCCUUGAUGGAACUUAGGACCAUGAAGACAAGGGCUCAUCCCCGAGAGGACAUCCACGUCCCCAAGAGGAGCAGAUGCUUCCUGUGUUCCAAGAGUUCUGCGCAUUUAUUUAUGACCUGCCCUGCUCCCACCGAACAUAGCAAUUCCUCCAGCCAAACCACCAGUUCUUGUGUCCACCCUGUUGUGUUAACGUUGGGCAUGAAGAAGUCAGGAGGGGCUGUUUAAUUGCCCAGGURACCCUCCUUCCAAGUUGGAGCAUCCAUGCAAUUUGGAAGAGCAGCAGGAGUUCAGGGUAAACAGGCCAUGGGGAUAUUCCGAAACUUGAAUACUUUGUCUUGUACGGAGAUUUAAAAAAAACCUUUCCCAUGUACCCUCCUACACUGACUCUGGUUUUGUUUUAUAGUCAGUUACUUCUAGUCAAUGGCCUGGUCUGGGGGCAGCUUGUUUUAGGGUAGUUUGUUUUCUUCUUUUCUUUCUUUUCCUGUGGUCCUUCAAAAGCCUGUAGCUCUGGGUAGCCCUUGUUCUUUGGAAGUGCACAGUGCUGGCCAUACAGCUUCUGUCUGUCCCCUCUAUGACGUCACCCGCCACAGUGGGAGAACACCGUGGCUUGGGAGCACCUCCUUUGAUCCACCGACCUGAAGCCCAGUUGACACAGGCAGAACCCGGAGGUGGGGCAGGCACGGGUGUUCUGGGCGGUUUUCUGUAUCUUCUCUUUUCUUCUCCCUGCUGAGGGCCAAAGGAUGAGAUGAUGGGAGCCUACAGCAGAUAGUGUUUUUUAAUAGGAAAAUGAAAUGUGUAUUUUUCUUACUAAUUUUUUUUUUUAUUUAUUCCUUGCUUUAAAAAAAAUGGUCUUCUGAGGUCUCAAGAUGGUUCUGAGGGGGGUCUUGGGAGCAUGGACGCAGGGCUGCCGCCCUUGGCACUGUGGAGUACGCACACCUAACCAAGAUGGCCUCAGUGACAUAGCUGCAGGGACCCUGCGGGAUGUUGUAUUAAAUAAAUUUGAUCUUUACUCUUCACA